UCAUGUUGAACCAAAACAUUUUUCCGGCUUUCUCGUAUUUUUAAAACAAAAUUUAGUCUACUUUAGUUCGGUUAGAUGCUGCUAGACUUGAUUAAAUCUGUAUUUGUUAAAACUGGUAAAAUGACGGAUGAAAUAAAGAUCGAAUUUGCGGUACAAAUUUCCAACCCCAAGUGUGCUAGCGAUAUCAGAUCAGCAUUGGCCGAUGUUGGCGAGAUCGACAUUGAUAUGGACAAAGGUAGUGUUCUGGUGACGACAACCGUUCCGUGGAUAGAAAUACAAAAUAAAAUAGAAGCAACUGGUCGCCGGGCGGUCCUGUCCGGUUUCGGAGACAUGAUCUUGAACAAAUUUGUCCGACUACCAGGACAAUCUGCUGUCUCAAUAGUAAAUCAUGGAAACGAAAAAACCAACGUAAAAGGUGUGGUUCGUUUCUGUGCUACGGGAGGAAAUCAAGCAACUAAUAGUAUCGGAGCCGUGGUAGACGGAGCAAUCGAUGGUCUAGAUUCCAACAGAAGGUACAAAGUGAACAUUCACGAAUGUGGAGAUAUUUCUGACGGAUGUGCCUCUGUCGGUGAUGUCUACGAUUCUAGAGAGAUCGAUUCUGAUGACACAGGACGUGCCACAAUUCGGUAUGUUCGUGAUAAGCUUUCGAUACCAGACAUAAUCGGUAGGGCGGUGGUCAUUGCUGAAGCUGACAGUGAUCGGCGAUUAGCAUGUGGUAUCAUAGCUCGAUCGGCGAGUAUAUUUGAAAACUACAAGAAAAUAUGCGCCUGUGAUGGGGUUACGAUUUGGGACGAACGGGAGAAGCCUCUAGCAGGAAGUGGGCGUAGGACUGCUCCAUAACUUCCAAGGACGAACUGAAAAGCGACUUUGAAAACCUGGUGGGAAAUUCCAACGGUGCAGGGCUUAACCUAUUACUUCAAUCAUUCAUGUUGAAAGUAAAACUUUAAAUAUUAUGA